UCUGCAGUGCAUUCGAAUGCAUGCGGCUCGAUUCAAGCGAGCAUGGUACAAUCCUGCGUAGCGUAUGGGUGCGCAAAUCGCGCGAUUCCUGCUUCCAAGAUCACAUUUCACAGGUUUCCAAAAGAUGCUGAGACACGGAACCUAUGGGAGCGAGCUGUGCGUCGUGAACGCUGGAAACCGACAGAUAAAGAUCGCCUUUGCUCUGCGCACUUUGAUCCGGCGUGUUUUGACCGGACCGGACAAACAACACGAUUGAAAGCGGGAAGUGUGCCGACUUCGUUCACUGCUUUCCCUGCCCACCUCCAGGCACCGGUGAAAAGGAAGCGGCCAGCACCAAAACCUCGAGGAUGCAGUCCUGCUCAGCAGCAAGAGGCCUUAAAUACCGAAGACCAUGUCACUGUAUCACCAUCAAAGCAGUGGUACAAGACGAAGUUGCAGGAAACAGAAGACGAAAGAUUGCACCUGAAGAAAAAAAUUAAAACGUUGCAGCAGAACAAGCGAAGGCUGACACAAAAGAAAAUCACCGCUGAAGAAAUUAUUAGAGGCAUCCAAGAACAGAAGCUUUUGUCAGAAGAGGGCUCCAAGAUGUUUGAUGCAGCAUUUUCUCCUGACAUACAACAACUGCUUCACCGGGCACGGACAGAAAGUGGAGGUAAAUACCCUCCAGAGCUGCGAACGUUUGCACUAACUUUACAUUUUUAAUCACCAGCAGCCUACGAAUUUGUUCGAUCAAAGUUUAAUGACGCCCUCCCUUCGCAGCGCACAAUCAGAGAAUGGUAUAGGUCUGUUAACGGCCAACCAGGCUUUACAGGGGAAGCAUUUUCUUUCUUGGAGAAGUUGGUUCAAGGUCGCUCUGAAACUCUUUACUGUGCUCUGAUUGUCGAUGAUAUGUCGAUUAGGAAACACGUUGAACUUGUAGGAGACAGGAUAGUUGGAUAUGUUGAUUUUGGAGCAUCUCUUGAUGAUGACAGCCUCCCUGAAGCCACAAAUGUUUGUGUUUAUAUUGUUGUUGGCAUAAACAUGAGGCUGAAAAUACCAGUCGGCUACUUCCUUAUCCACUCACUCACUGGUUCUGAGAGGGCUGAACUAACAAAACAAUGCAUUGAACGACUGGAAUCUGUGAAAGUUCAAGUUGUCAGUCUAACGUUUGAUGGUGCGUCAUCAAAUUUCACUAUGGCGAAAUGCCUUGGUGCAGAACUCAAGCCUGAUCCUGUCGAGUUCUCCACAUCCUUUAAAAACCCAGUUGAUGAAUCAAGGGAUGUGCAUAUCCUGCUUGACCCAUGCCACAUGAUUAAGUUGAUUAGAAAUUCACUGGCAACAAUGUGCUACAUCAUUGAUGUUGAUGGAAACCACAUAAAAUGGGCUUACAUAAAGGCACUGGAGGCUCUACAGCGCGAGGAAGGGCUCCGCCUUGGCAAUAAGCUAACUAAGGUGCAUAUGCAGUGGGAGAAGCAAAAGAUGAAGGUACG